AUGACUGCUGCAGUUAAUGCCAGUCAAAAGAGAAAGCAAGAAAAUGAUACAACUGGUGGUAGUGGUAGUGGUGCACCAAAGGUUCAGCAAACAGGUAGUUUGGUUAUCAACUUGGACAUGAAUGACACUGCCUCCUAUUAUGUGGAUACUCUCGAUAACUUGGUGCACAUAGUGAAAGACAACACCGAGAACAAUAUCUACUUGCUAUUUAUUUACAAUGGUGAUGAUGAUAAAGAUUUUCUUGAAGACCAAUCCUCUAGUAUGAGAUCUAAGCUCAGUAUAUUGUUGCCUUCCAAAAAGAUUCAUUCUGUAAUGAUUGAAGAAGAUUUCUUUAGAUUAUUCAUUUCAUUCAAAGCAUCGAUAUAUAAUAAUGAUAUCAAUCAAGUUAAAUUUCUACCAGACAACGAUUAUACUAAAAGCAAAACUUAUGUUAACAAAAUCAACAACAUAAUAUUAUAUAAUAGUAACAUAGUGUUGAAACAUCACAAUCAUCAAAUCAACACAAUUCUAUUCGAUAAAGAUACACUCAUUGUCGAUUCUAAAAGAUUUAAGUUAUCAGGUGAGAUAUUACAGAUAUCUAUUGUUGAUGAUAUUAUAAUAUGUUUAGUUGGUGGAUUAUUAAAGUUUAUCAGUUUCUCAUCUCUAGAUAAGCUUACUUUAGAUGAUGAGUUAAAGUAUAUCGAUGUUCCAAGUGCAUAUAGGUUACCAAAUAAUAUAUUAUAUUUCAAUGUAACAAAAGUUGUCAACGCUGCUGAACGAGAAGUAUUCAAUCUUUCAUUGAUUACAUACUCUUCUAAAUUGAUAUUCUACACAUUCACUUUAAAUAAUGAUAAUAGUAAUAAUCAACAAACAGAUAUAUCUUCAUCUGAUAUAUCAUCAACAAUAACAGCAUCAACAGCAUCAAUAUCAGAUGACAAACCAACAACUACAGCUACUUCUAUUUCAAAAUGGCCAAGAUUCACAGAGAAGCUUAUUAAAGUGAAAGAACAACACAAAGUGAUAAUGGAUAAGAUAAAGUCGGUGGAUCGUUCACAGCAAUCGAUCAAUCAACUGAUAUCCGUAUUCUCAAAGAAACCAUUCACAUCGACGUCACCAAAGUUUGCAUUCUCCUCGGUGAUCACACCAUUGGUUUCACCGUUGGUCGAUCUACACAGUGGCUCCACAUCUAUCAUCUUUAGAUUUACACUAUGUAAUCAUACCAGCCAUUCAAUGUCUGAAGGUUGGAAUCUACUGAUUAGCUUCAACGUCACUGACUACCCUCUGAAUACCAAUCACUUUAUUUCGCAUCCAAUCAAUCUAUCGGCAAAGAGUAGUACCAGCUUUGAACUCUCGGUAUCGUCACUCCGCCCAACCACUUCCACCAUAACAUUCCGACAGACUCUAUCGUUCAACAUACCGCAGCCACCUAAAACAUCGAUCAACUGUAACUUCUUUGUUAGCGAAAGAACAUUCCAUUUGUUAGACUUUAUUCGAUACAAGACCAUUGCAUCUGCAUCGACAGUUACAACACCGAAAUAUCAAGUUGACUCUAGUGCUGCUGCUGCUCCUGCCUCGUCAAGCUUUAGUCAUAGUCCAUCUUUGUUAGAUACAAUAUUCAAUAUAGUCAAUAGUAAUAGCGGCAGUGUUAGCAAUAUCAAGUAUUUAGAAUAUGUCAAAUCACAAUGUAAAUCAUUGAUAUUGCCUGUCAAUGGUUAUCAGAUAUUUAGUAAUCCAGAGAUAAAUCAUCACGCCAAGAUAUUCAGUUAUCUAUUGGGUAAAGAGUUUAUCAUAGACAGCUCAAUACAUUCAAAUGAUACUUCACAUACACUUGAAAUAUCAUAUUCAAACUUUAAAUCAACUUUAUUAUCAAGUAGUCAUGACCAAGGUAAAAGUUAUUCAAUUCAAUUUGGUUCAAAAGAAUCAUCAGUUUCAAUAGAAUUAAGACAUCUAUUGAUACAAUCAUUGUUACAAAGAGAUAUUAAUAAUGAAAAAUUAAAGAUGAAUGAAGAUAACUAUUCAAGAGCAUUGAAUUUCUUAAAAGAUAAAAUGAAGGUAUGGGUACCAAGAAAAGAAUCAAUGAAACAAUCAUUGAGAGCAUGGCAAUCGAAUGUAUAUGAUCUAAUAGAAUUGGGAUCAAUAGAUUCGUACGACUCACUACAAUCAAAGAUAGAACAAAAUUCAUCGAAUCUACAGAAAAUACAAGAUCUAAUUGAAUCUAUUAUAAUUAUUUAA